AUGAAACUUGCCAAUGCCUCAGUUCUAGCAAUGCUACCGGCCACUGGCCUGGCUGCCUGCGGUACUCCCUACUCUGGCAGCCAGAUCAAUGGUACGCUGCUCCGCGCCGUCGUGCUUGACAUGGGUAGCGACGCUGCCAACGUCACCGCCACCCAGUAUGACCAGUACUUCAAGCAGGGGAGCGCUCUUGAGGGCGUCAAAUCUGUCAUUGCCAACAGCGAUUUCUACAUCAACCUGUGGGCCAUCCCUGGCACCGAGUCCGCCUUUCAGAGUGUCAGCCAGUGCAUAAGCGACGGCUAUCUCGUUAACCAAGUAGCCUGGCUGUAUUAUAACAGUACCACCGCGAAGUGGUGGGGUGGCUACGAGGCUGAGACCGAGGCAGACAGUUACAAUGCUGCCGCCCUGUCUGUUGUCACAAAUAUCGUGGCCGGCCUCGAGGUGCGCUUCUGGGACACUAACGGAGAUGGCUACACCGAUGUCAUCGAUGCCGACUAUCUUGAGGGCGUUACCGUCGACACCAUCACUCACAACGCCAACGGGACUUACUCGAUCUACCGCGGAAAUAUUGACGUCGCGGACAAGACGCGUUGGGAGGGCACGAACUUUGACGCCGACCUUUUCGACGGGUCCGGCCCGGCUAUCCCUGAAAACAACUUUGACACCGCUAUCUCACCCGGCGACGUCGCGCUCUUCUGGUACGGUCCCAAGGGCUGGGCCAUGAAGCGUGCCCAAGAGGUUGUCGGCCUCUUUGUUGGCGGCGCCGACCACACCUCCUACAACAUUGACGGGGUGUCCUAUGAAGACGCCAUGCGCUUCUCACGCGACAACCUGUUCAUCUCUAACCGACCUGGCGAGUUCACCGACGCUCAAAAGUUCUUUAAGUUUACCAAUGAUUCAGCCGCUGGCCUCAAUGUUAGCCUCUGGCUCGUACCUGUUACCCACACCACCGAGUACGGCGCGCCCGUUGGCAUGACGAGCGACGGCAACUCGCGCAUCUUCCUCGCCAGGGCUAUUGCCCAGGCCCAAGCGCAGCUAGCCAACGUGACUAUCAGUAGCAACGGCUCCAACGUCCCGUCCACCCAGGAGUGGGUUAACCAGGCCAAUUACACUCAACUCCACGACGCCAUCGCCAGGGCCAACCUGUCGCUUGCCCUUGCUAACAGCUCGUCUUUCCUACUUGACUACCAGACCUACGUGCUGUACCAGACUCUCAACGGCAGUAGCACCGACAUUGGUGCCGCGUUCGCCGGCUUCAGCUACACUGGCUUUGAGAACGCAGAGAAGCUCGGGACGGCCUAA